GUUGUCACCCUCCCGGGGACGGGAGCUCUGAGGUCUGGAGAGAGCAGGCAGACGCCCCGCCCAGGGACUGAGGGGGAGGAGCCAAGGGAGGAGGAGGUGGAGUCGCGGAUCCGCCGCCGGAGGACCACUGUUCACCAGGGCUACUGAGGAGCCACUGGCCCCACACCUGCUUCUCCGCAUCCCCCACCGUCAACAUGAUCGCCGCGCAACUACUGGCAUAUUACUUCACCGAGCUGAAGGAUGACCAAGUCAAAAAGAUUGAUAAGUAUCUGUAUGCCAUGCGGCUCUCUGAUGAAAUUCUGAUAGAUAUCCUGACACGCUUCAAGAAGGAGAUGAAGAAUGGCCUCUCCCGGGACUAUAACCCAACAGCCUCCGUCAAGAUGCUGCCGACCUUUGUCCGGUCCAUUCCGGAUGGCUCAGAAAAGGGGGAUUUCAUUGCACUGGAUCUCGGCGGGUCUUCCUUUCGAAUCCUGCGGGUGCAGGUGAACCACGAGAAGAGUCAGAACGUCAGCAUGGAGUCUGAGGUCUACGACACCCCAGAGAACAUCGUGCACGGCAGUGGAAGCCAGCUUUUUGAUCACGUCGCUGAAUGCCUCGGAGACUUCAUGGAGAAAAGGAAGAUCAAGGACAAGAAAUUACCCGUGGGAUUCACGUUUUCCUUCCCGUGCCGACAAUCCAAAAUAGACGAGGCUGUACUGAUCACGUGGACAAAGCGGUUCAAAGCCAGUGGCGUGGAAGGGGCGGAUGUGGUCAAGCUGCUGAAUAAAGCCAUUAAGAAGCGAGGGGACUAUGAUGCUAACAUUGUAGCUGUGGUGAAUGACACGGUGGGGACCAUGAUGACCUGCGGCUACGAUGACCAACAGUGUGAAGUCGGCCUGAUCAUUGGCACAGGCACCAAUGCUUGCUACAUGGAGGAACUGCGACACAUCGACCUGGUGGAAGGCGAUGAGGGGAGGAUGUGUAUUAACACGGAAUGGGGAGCCUUUGGGGACGAUGGGUCCCUGGAAGACAUCCGAACUGAGUUUGACAGAGAGUUAGACCGGGGAUCCCUCAACCCUGGGAAACAGCUGUUCGAGAAGAUGGUGAGCGGCAUGUACAUGGGAGAGCUGGUCCGGCUGAUCCUGGUGAAGAUGGCCAAGGAAAGUCUCUUAUUUGAAGGGCGCAUUACUCCAGAGCUGCUCACGAGGGGCAAGUUCACCACUAGCGACGUAGCCGCCAUUGAAACGGAUAAGGAAGGCGUUCAAAAUGCCAAGGAAAUCUUGACCCGCCUGGGAGUGGAGCCAUCUCACGAUGACUGUGUAUCGGUCCAGCACGUAUGCACAAUCGUGUCCUUCCGAUCAGCCAACCUGGUGGCUGCCACGCUCGGUGCCAUCUUGAACCGCCUGCGGGACAAUAAGGGCACGCCCAGGCUGCGGACCACAGUUGGCGUAGACGGUUCUCUCUACAAGAUGCACCCACAGUGCUUUUUCUCUGUGUUCUUCCUUGUGACAGAGCAUGGUGACUUCCUGGCCUUGGAUCUCGGAGGAACGAAUUUCCGAGUCCUACUGGUAAAGAUCCGUAGUGGGAAAAAGAGAACAGUGGAGAUGCACAACAAGAUCUACUCCAUUCCCCUGGAAAUCAUGCAGGGCACCGGGGAUGAGCUGUUUGACCACAUUGUCUCCUGCAUCUCCGACUUCCUGGACUACAUGGGGAUCAAAGGCCCCCGGAUGCCUCUGGGCUUCACCUUCUCGUUUCCCUGCAAGCAGACCAGCCUAGAUUGCGGAAUCUUGAUCACGUGGACAAAGGGAUUCAAAGCCACCGACUGUGUGGGUCACGAUGUAGCCACUUUACUGAGGGAUGCUGUAAAAAGGAGAGAGGAAUUUGACCUGGAUGUGGUGGCUGUGGUCAACGACACUGUGGGCACCAUGAUGACUUGUGCUUAUGAAGAACCCACUUGUGAGAUUGGACUCAUCGUGGGGACUGGCAGCAAUGCCUGCUACAUGGAGGAGAUGAAGAACGUGGAGAUGGUAGAGGGGAACCAGGGCCAGAUGUGCAUCAAUAUGGAGUGGGGUGCCUUUGGUGACAAUGGCUGUCUGGACGACAUCAGAACAGACUUCGACAAAGUGGUGGACGAAUAUUCUCUAAACAGUGGGAAACAAAGGUUUGAGAAGAUGAUCAGUGGAAUGUACCUGGGUGAGAUCGUCCGUAACAUCCUGAUUGACUUCACCAAGAAAGGCUUCCUCUUCCGGGGACAGAUCUCUGAGCCACUCAAGACCCGAGGCAUCUUCGAGACCAAGUUUCUCUCUCAGAUCGAGAGUGACCGAUUAGCGCUGCUCCAGGUGCGGGCCAUCCUUCAGCAGCUGGGUCUGAACAGCACGUGCGACGACAGUAUCCUGGUCAAGACCGUGUGUGGGGUGGUGUCCAAGCGGGCGGCCCAGCUGUGUGGUGCCGGCAUGGCCGCCGUGGUGGAAAAGAUCCGAGAGAACAGAGGCCUAGACCACCUGAAUGUAACUGUGGGCGUGGACGGGACGCUCUACAAACUCCAUCCACAUUUCUCCAGAAUCAUGCACCAAACAGUGAAGGAACUGUCACCAAAGUGUACCGUGUCCUUCCUUCUGUCUGAAGACGGCAGCGGCAAGGGGGCUGCCCUUAUCACAGCUGUGGGCGUGCGGCUCAGAGGAGACCCUACGAACGCCUAAGAGCCAGGAUCCUCCCAGCCCCCAGCCCGCCACCCUUCCAGCACUCCUCUCUAGAACCGACGAUCACACACCACCCCCGUGUACCACCCAGCAAGCCCGCUGGGAGACCCAGCGCCGGCACCCACUCUGCCGCAGAGGGAGGAAGGGGACCGCAGUAACGGAGCAUCACAUAGAAUACCACCUGGAGCGUGUGCUGUUGAUGAUCUGAUCUCUCGCCCUCUCCCCUGCCCUGCCACUUUGCAUGAUUCAAGUUCGACCUGGCCAUGCAUUGCCCAUGCGUGAACGUAGUAACGGCACCCACGUCUACCGCACACGUCCAGCCAGGAAAGAGCGACCCCAUCUUGGACUGUCUUCUGGGCCCUUCCAAGCCCAUCCGUGGAGUCGCCUCCCUCCUUCCCCCCACCCCCCCGUGUGAAGUGUGUUAUCACCAGCAGACACUGCCGGACUCCUGCCCACAGGGGCGUGGCCUGAAGGGCGAGUGUGAACAUGGCACCUGCUGUUCCCUUCCCCCUUCCUCGCACCCGCCGCAGCCUGCCAUCCCAUCUGGAUGUAUCGAUGCCACUGAGUUGUGUGUCCGUCCGUGGAGCCAGUCCUAGCCACAUUAUUGACAGUCUUGCAUUUUGUUUUGUCUCGUGAUGGUGGUGGUGGUAGGGGUACGCUUAGGUGGGCAGUCCUGUGGGGAAAACAUCUUGUCUCCAUCUUGCUAGGAAGAACCAACCCACAAAACAACGCCAUCACUGGAAUUUCCCAUCGCUUUAGUGAGCCAUUGUCCUACGUCUAGUAAACUUUGUACUGAUUCAAAA